AUGCUACUCGCCGAGUCUGUUCUUGGACUCGACGAGUCCAUGCCAUGCAACGACUCAAACUCACUCCUGAGGCUUUUCUUAGAUUGGUAUGAUACUAGUGAAAAAAAUGUUGUUGGAGAUGCUUCUAAAGAGGCUAAUGUAGUGGACCUCACUGGAAAUGACAAUAUGGAGUUAACUGUUAUUGAUAACGGGGAUAAUAACAAGGAAGAAAAUCCAUGUGCUGAUUUUGAAAUUGGGGUCAAAAUUGACCACACAAAUGAAGUUGAAUUUGAGGAUGGUAACAAGGAUGGAAAAGAUCAAUGGGCUGAAUUUGAAAGUGGGGACAAAUUUGAGGACAUAAAUGAAGAUGAAUUUGGAAGCGGGGACAAAUUUGGGGAUGAUAGUGGUUAUGAAUCUAGUGAGUCCGAUGACAUAGACUUUUUUGUUGAAAAUGACAACAUCUUAGAUGAUGUAGAAGUUGACAUGAAUGAUUUCAAUGAUAACAUUGAUAUGGAUGCAGAUUGGGUUGGAGGUAAGAAUGGUAAUGUGGUAGAAGAAGAGAAUGAAGUUGGGAGCUUAAUGAAGUACUAA